AUGACGCAGACGACGAACGUUACGAAACGUCAAACGAAGGCACAGUACACAAUGGCCGCCCGUAAAUUCAUUCUCUUGAUAGACGAGCGCAUCAGCCGCUGUUGCAAGCCCGCCCACACCAAUCGCCCACUGCAGCCACGUUUCAGUUGCACAAGAGCAAAGCGCGAAGCUGAGCAUCCUUGUAGUGGAUAUUUCGGGCUCGCACCUGAACCCUCGCAUCCUGUUACAGAAUUAGACGGCAGGUCGACGUCU